UGAAGUCCCACACACGUGGUACACAUGGAGGGUUUGGUUUCUCUGGCGGCUGAGCUGCACCGGGUGGAGGCGCUUAAAUUCGGUCAAUUUCUGCUGAAGAGCGGCAUCUCCUCCCCGGUGUACUUCGACCUGAGAGUCAUCGUGUCUCACCCGGCCCUGCUCAGCCAGGUAGCAAAUCUUAUCUAUCAGACCUCCCAGGAUGCCGGCAUACAAUGCAGCACAGUGUGCGGAGUGCCAUAUACUGCCCUGCCACUCGCCACCCUGAUCUGUGCCAAGCACCAGGUGCCCAUGCUGAUCCGCAGGAAGGAGGCCAAGGACUAUGGAACGAAGAAGCUUGUUGAAGGGACGAUUGUCCCCGGAGAAACUUGUCUGAUUAUUGAAGAUGUAGUGACCAGCGGCUCCAGCGUUUUGGAGACGGCGGAGGUAUUGAAGAAGGAGGGUCUCCAGGUGACGGAUGCCAUCGUCUUGGUGGACAGAGAGCAGGGUGGUCGGGAGAGGCUGGCCGAGAACGGUAUCCGCCUCCAUUCGGUCAGCACUCUGACACAACUCCUGAACGUCCUGCAGCAGCUGGGGAAGGUGGACACGGAGAUGGUGGAGAACGUCCGCAGGUUCAUCCAGGAGAACAAGGUGAUCGAACUUCCAUCUGCCCCAGUCAAGAAACCUUGUACAGCCCUGAGCUACUCCUCCCGUGCUGCCCUCUCGGGGGCUCACCCGCUGGCCCGGCGACUCUGCGCCAUCAUGGAGAAGAAGAAGAGUAAUCUCUGCGUAUCGGCCGACGUUACCGACUCUGCGAGUCUUCUCCGGCUGGCUGCAGAGCUGGGACCGUCCAUCUGCAUGCUGAAGACUCACGUGGAUAUUCUGAUAGACUUCACACCUGAUGUCUCCGCCCAGCUCCGAGCGCUGGCCGAUCAACAUGACUUCAUGAUAUUCGAGGAUCGAAAGUUUGCAGAUAUUGGGAACACCGUGAAACACCAGUACGAGGGCGGUCUCUAUAAAAUCUCUUCAUGGUCUGAUGUGGUGAAUGCCCAUGCGGUGCCCGGCCCCGGGGUGGUACAAGGCCUGCAGGCGGUCGGCGAGCCUUUGGGUCGAGGCUGCCUUGUGAUCGCAGAGAUGAGCUCUCAGGGGUCUCUCGCCACCGGAGAUUACACCAAGGCGGCCGUGAAGCUGGCCGAGGAUCAUCCAGCGUUUGUAUUCGGCUUCAUCUCUGGACGCAAAGUCAGCGACAGACCCGAAUUCCUCCACCUCACGCCGGGAGUUCAGAUGCAGCCGGGAGGAGAUGAUCUGGGCCAGCGGUAUCGGACGCCUCGUGAGGUCAUCGCUAACAAAGGUUCUGACAUCAUCAUCGUUGGCCGCGGCAUCCUGUCCGCCAGCAGCCCGGCGGAGGCGGCGGAGACGUACCGCAGAGCGGGGUGGGAGGCGUACCUGUCUCGGAUCAGCGGAGGACAAUGAUUGGUCGGCUCCGGGAUGCAGACGCGAUGAAGCAGC